AUGCCGCCGCCUUCCUCCUCGUCGUCCUCCGCGUCCUCGUCCUCGUCCUCGUCCUCGUCGUCCUCCUCGGGGCCGGGAGCGCGGCCGCGGCCGAGGGCGGGGCCGGCGCCCGCGCCGAGCGCAGCGGGGCCGGUGCCGGACCUCGAGCGCGAGCGGGCGAGGAGGGAGCUCGUCGCGCUGGAGGACGAGGCGAUCCUGGCGGUGCAGGCGGGCUUCCGCGGCAUCCUGUCGCGGCAGCGCGUGAAGGACGAGCUCUGGCGCAGGAAGGAGGACGAGGUGCUCGUGAGGGUGCAGGCGCGGCUCCGGGGCAUCCUGUCGCAGGAGGAGGCGCAGCGCAGGCGGGAGGAGAGGGCGAUCAGGAUGGUGCAGGCCGUCCUCCGGGGCAUCCUGUCGCGGCGGGACGUGGCGGAGCGAGCGCGCGAGGAGGACGUGAUCAGAUCCGUGCAGGCGCGCCUCCGCGGCAUCCUCGCGCGCCGGGACGUGAGAGCGGCGCGCGAGCACAAGAGGGAGGAGAAGGUGAUAGCACGGGUGCAGGCCCACUUUCGUCGGAGGUCGCGGGAGGCGGUGCCC